GGAAAGCCUGAGUAAACUUCUGGAUGGGGACGGCCUGGGUAAGCAGGAAGGGGAGGCUGACCAGUGAGCAUUGGCUUCCUCCUCACAUCCCCCUCCUCACUGUCACAGGAAGUCGAGAGAAGUAAGAGACCGCAGUGCAGACGAUUCUUUUCUGCUUGGCUCUGGCAGCCAAUGCAACUCAGGGCACUGAAGAUAAGCAAGAAAAUAAAACAAGUGAUGUACCUAUUCUAAUGGGCCAAGAAGACAAGGGCUCCUGGGCUGCUGCUCAUGAACAGGGAUGAUGGAAACAUCGUGGCACACGCAGGAAGUUGCACUCCUCCCUCAGUUAAAUCCAGAAGUCAAUAAUGCAGGAAGUCAAGUGGACGAAAGUGCUGGCCUCACAAAGCAGCUGACAGUGGCCAGCAUUAGCAUCCUGGAGAAGCUCAUCAAGACUUGUCCAGUGUGGUUGCAGCUGGGUGUUAGUGAUGAAAGAGCCACUGAGAUUCUGCAGAGAGAGCCAGCAGGGAUAUUUCUAGUGAAGAAGAAUCUAGCUUUGAAGAACAUGGUUCUUUCCAUUCGCUUUCCAGACCAAAAUGGAGAACUACGGAUCAAGGAUGUUUUGAUCAAGGAAGAAAAAUCACUGCUGUACCUGGAUGGCUCUGUACUGGUCUUUGAUGACAUUUUUAAACUGGUGGCCUUUUACUGUGUCAGCAGGGAUGUACUUCCUUUCACUCUCAGUUUGCCACAAGUCAUCACAGAGGCCACCAAAUAUGAGGAUCUGGACACCAUCUCAAGUCUCGGCUCAGAUUUCUGGGGUUCUUCCCUGAACCAAAGAGCUGAGGCUUUCAAAAAAUAUGGUUCCCGCCAGGCACAGCAUCGCUCCACUGACAACAGUCACUGCUCAUGUGAGAUCGAGUUGUCAAUAGGAAGUGACCGGCUGUGGUAUGUCAAUCCUAUUUUUAUCGAGGAGUAUUGCAACAGUUUGCACACUGCUGCUCCCAUUACCAGAAGCCAGAGCCUUACCACAGAGAGCGUGACGCAGCCCCGAUACAAGAGGCCACCUCCCAUCCCGCCUAGACCUCGACCUGAAGAGCUCUUCGCUGGCAUUCGGGCAGUCAAGCAAGCAGGCACUGCCGUUCUGAGCACUCCAAAUCAAGAAGUGAAACAUGGCCAAAAUGAGGGGGCCGUUACCUCCUGCCAGGUAGCCGGCAGCGUGCAACAGACUGAAACUCGGAAGCCCUUGAGAAACCCUCCCAUUCCACCAAGAAAACAGCUGUCUGGUAAGCACUUGGGAGAGGCAGUCAGAGAAACCAGGAAGACUCCGCCAUCACAGAAGCAGCAAGACAAAGUGCCAGUUGCCACACUGGUGAAUAUAGAAGGUGAUGACACAGAAGGUGCCAUUGUGACUGUGGGUGGCAAAAUUUCUUUGGGAGUGAACGACCUCAUGCCUGUACCCACUGAGCCAAGUCCUCUGACCAUGGAGAAGACGAAGAAAGAUCCACCUGUUCCACCUCCAAGGAAAAAGCGACAGUCUUACCUGACAAGUGUUUCCCGGCCUCAGGGGACAUCAGCACAUGUGAAGGAGUUGUCCUCCAGUCUAGUGACUUCAAACAUUUCCAUUUCUUCCAUUAAAGCAGUAGAGCACAGCAGCCUGAAAGACUCCGACACCUCUCUCUACUCUCCUGAAGGCAAUUUGGCAACCUCCAAUACAGAGCAUGACUCCUACUCCACGAGCAGCACAGAGGAGGACACAGAACACAUCAGCAGCCCUGUGUCCCAAAUGAAGAGAAACCCCACCAUCAUGCUGGACAAAGCCAAACAACGGCUCUCCAUGGCCAACCUAUCUCAAGUUUUCACAGCCUUUAUGAGCGCAGACCGCAAACUACAGAAGCGUAUUACAGAGCUGGCACAAGAUAAGGAGUCCUAUUUUGGCAACCUGGUACGGGACUAUAAGGCCUAUACCUUGGACACCAUGAAGAAGCAGGCAUCCAGCACUGAGAUGCUGCAGGAGAUCCGGCAGAUGAUGACCCAGCUUAAGAGCUAUUUGAUCCAGAGCAUGGAGCUGCAGGGACUGACCGAUGCCACUGUUUACACCGAGGAAAAGCUAGAGGUUAUCAUUGAGGCAGCUUUGUGCAAGUGUGUUCUGAAACCGCUACGUGAAACCAUCUACUUGGGCCUCAAGGAGAUCCACACUAAAGACUUGUCCCUCCAGCGACUUCUGGAGAAUCAGCAAGUUGUUGUGAACACAACCACUACAGACCUGGGGGUGACCACCUGUGUUCCAGAGGUCACAGUCAUGGAAAAGAUCCAAUAUAAGUUUACAGCCAUGCAUAAGGCCUACUCCCCGGAGAAAAAGAUAACAAUCCUGCUCAAGACGUGCAAGAUCAUCUAUGAAUCCAUGUCUAUUGGAAGCCAAGGAAAGCCACAUGGUGCAGAUGACUUCCUCCCAGUUCUGAUGUACGUUUUGGCCCGCAGCAACCUGACUGCUUUACUUUUGGAUGUUGAAUACAUGAUGGAGCUAAUGGAUCCAGCAUUACAGUUGGGAGAAGGUUCUUAUUACCUGACGACUACCUAUGGAGCCCUGGAACACAUCAAAAGUUACGACAAGAUCGCGGUCACUCGACAGCUCAGCCUGGAGGUCCAGGAUUCGAUUCACCGCUGGGAACGCCGGCGAACACUCAACAAGGCCCGCGCCUCCAGGUCCUCUGUGCAGGACUUCAUAAACAUCUCCUUCAAUGAGGCCUGCAUGAACACAAAAACUCUGGGCGCGCGGCCCGACACCACCGUGCAAGACCUGUGCCAGCAAUGUGCUGACAAGUUCGAGGUGGACAUCGCAGAGCAUUAUGGGAUCUUUGUCCUGGUGGACGGUGUGUAUCAGCAGCUGGCCUCUGAUGACCUCCCUCUAGCCAUAAAGGCUGCCUUCCACCACAGUGAGCCCAAGAAGGAGUAUUUCUUUGUAUACAAACUAAUAACUUGUGAUGAGAGACUGGCAAAAACGGCAUCAUCGGAAACAGAAAAUAUCUGAAAACUUGUGCAGCCCCAACACCUUUGUCCCGUGGGCCCAUAGGCACUGUAAUGUCCUCUGCUGGAGGGCAGCCAUAUGUCCAGGUAUUGGGUGACCUGUGCAGAUCAUUCUAGCAGCAUCCUUCUGUCAACCAAGAGAGUGAGGUGCUAAUGCAAUCUCUGGUCCAUUAAACAAAACACAAGUUACUGCCACCCUUUAUUAUCCUGAUCAAUUUUGGUUGGUGACAGUGUUACAAUUACAGGCCCUCCAUUAGAAAAACGUACGUCAAUGGGUCUGGAAAUCAGGUUCUGUACGGGAUGUGGCCUACUGUAGCAGACUGGAAGAGGCAGAGAAGGCUGCAGUGCCUGCCCAGUGUUCUGCUCAACCUCCAGUCACCAUAAACUUAGGGAGGAGGUCAGGAAUCCGAACUGCUGUACCAUAUGGUGGUCAGAACAUCUGUGUGUUGGACUUCACAGCCACAGGCUGUCCUGGACAGGCUCGACGCACUCACUGCAGCUCUUUGCCAGACUCAAGUCACCAAUCAGGCAAUGGAGGACCUGCACAAACACCAGGAGUAUAAACUCCACAAGGAUGGUGCCCACCAUUUGAACAUGGGAUUCGGGAGCCUGUGUGGUCGAGAAGCCCAAAUAAAUGGGACUCUUAAUUACAAGAUUCCUGGUUCAAACUAUGCCUGUAACACGCCGUGUGACCCUGAGGACUUCACUUCAACCGCCUGUGCUCCACCGACCAAAAAAUGUGUAAGCAGAGGUGCAACAAGGGGUGGUGUCUAUAAAUAAACGGACUGCUUGUUGUAAAUGCAGCACCACCCUGCACGGUCCGGCUAACACCUCUCGUUUAGCUGGGCUGUUGCGACACCUUGUGGUCAGAUUAGAGGUUUGCUCAAUAUACAACAUCCUAGUGCUGCAGUUGACGGACCCCGGAGGUCUGCGAGUUCUUGUUUUUAACUGCACUCCUCACCUAAUUAAACUAAAUUAAUUGUUUUUUUCCCCCAGUUACUGCUUUGGGGUCAAUGUGGAAAUUCCAAAACGGAGUUUGACAAAUUUAUAUGAGAACUGGCCGAGCAUUUAUGCAGGUUACAUUUAUCUAAACUCAGUUUAAAAAAGUUUUUUUUUAAGCAUUUUAAAAUUGUGGUGAUUUUCA